UUAAGAGAGGGAGAGAGAAGGCUCUAGAUCAGAGAUUAGAUAAAUAUGAAUACGAUCGCCAGUCGCAACUGAACCAUAUUCCUCCUCAGUGGCUCAGCCUUUGGCUAACUGUUCAUCCGCUGGUUUUCUUUCUUUUUUUUUUUCCUUUGUGACUUGAUCUGUGGAAAGCGAGAGGCAAAAAGAUAUAGGGGCCUCCAUCGUUACUCUCUCCAGGGCGGAGCUUAAGAUUACGCUGACCACCCACCGAGAAUCAGAUAGAGGUCAUGGCUUCUUCGGCCGCGGAUCGGUUCGGCGGCGGCGGCGGGGGAGCAGGAGCAGGGGAUGAGCAGCUGCUGCUGCUGCACCACCACCACCAUCCGCAGAUGUACUAUCACGUGCCGCAGUACAGCCGAAGGGAGAAGCUGCGGUUCCCUUCGGUGGCGGCGGCGGAGGAGGAAGAGGCGUCUCCGGCGUCGAGGUCUCUGCUUGUACUGCACGAGCCCGGCGGCGCGGCGGCGCCGAUCUACUCGGCGGGAGCGAAUUCUCUGACCGCCUUCCACUCCGCCUCCACGUCGCCCUCCAUCUACCACAAUAACUACGGCAGCGUCGCGCAAUUCGACGGCCACGGUGUGCUCCCGGUCGCGCCGCCGUCGCUGCAGGGGCAGCGCCGCCAGAUCCCCACGCAAGGCUUCUCCCUCUCGCUCUCAUCCUCCCCCUCCGCGCGCCCGCGGAGCCACCUCGCUGGCCGGCCCGCCCCGCUCGGCCCCUUCACCGGCUACGCCGCCGUCCUCAACCGCUCCCGGUUCCUCCAGCCGGCGAGGAGGCUGCUCGAGGAGGCGUGCCAGGUGGGACCCAGCCAAGCCUCCGCCGACGGCGGAGGCAGCGCUAGCCGCGGCGCCUGCCAGCAGGAGUUGCUCCUGGAUGCCGAUCCGCCGCCGAGGGAGCCGGCGCUGGUGGACGAUCACGGCAUGGAUGAUGACGUCGCCGGCUCUGGCUCGGAGCACCAGUGGAAGAAGACCACGCUCAUCUCAAUGUUGGACGAGGUCUGCAGAAGAUACAAACAAUACUAUCAGCAAGUGCAAGAUGUUAUCACAUCUUUUGAGUCAGUCGCGGGGUUGAGCUCCGCUGCUCCAUACGCCUCGAUCGCCCUCAAAAUCAUGUCCAAACACUUCCGAUGCCUGAAGAACAUCAUCUCUGACCAACUCCACCAGGUGAACAAAAGCACCAAAGCCACUGUCCGAAGAGAAGAUAUCUCAAGCUUUGGUCUACUAAACAACACUGGAUUCCUUCAAAGACCAACCAAUAUCACUGACCAUGCUGCCUUGGCAGCUCAAGCUCAACCACACAUAUGGCGGCCUCAAAGGGGGCUUCCGGAGCGAGCCGUCUCCGUCCUCCGGGCAUGGCUCUUUGAGCACUUCUUGCAUCCGUAUCCCACUGAUGUGGACAAGCAUAACUUGGCGAAACAAACUGGUCUCACAAGAAACCAGGUCUCUAAUUGGUUUAUCAAUGCACGAGUCCGUCUUUGGAAGCCAAUGGUUGAGGAGAUCCACUCGCUCGAUAUGCGUCAGAAGAACAAAACGAGCAGUCACCAACCACAGCCGUCGUCCUCCAACUUCCCGUACUCCGAUGUGCCUUCAAGUGGAGUGAACAUUUCGCCGGCCCGGGUUAACGUCGUGUCACUCACCCUCGGCCUGCAGAACGACAGUGGGGCUCGCUUUGCCGGGGAACCACUGCCGGUGAGUGUGGCAAGCCGGUUCGGGCUGGAGGAGUGCAAUGACCCCUAUUUGGUGAGAGCUUUUGGGAAGGAUCGUUUGCUGCAUGACUUCGUUGGGUGAUCAAUCAAAAUGUGCGAUGCAUGAAGUGGAUAAUUAAUUAAGCAUGUAAGAUUGGUUACGAACGUGUAUUUAUUUAUUCAGGACGUAUUAAUUCAUCCUGACUCAA